GUAGCAACAAUGGUACUGCCUAAGAGCAACGAGCUGGUACCACGGAGCGAGAAUCGUGUGGGGCUGUUAUUGAGCGUAUCGUCCAAUUAUAGCGUCUUGACAGCAGAAACCAUGAACUGGGAGUUGUUGCAGAAAAAAUACGGUUAUAUUUUAAGGCGGUUCCUGGAGCGUUAUGUACUACCAAAGCAAGGCAACGGAAAAGGGAGGAGGUAUGAAGACCGGUUUGGAUUUAGAAGAGGCCCGCCCGCCCCUACCUCUCUGUUUCAGCCUCCACGGCGUCCCGGCCUUGGCACGGUGGGGAAACCCAUCCGGCUCCUUGCCAACCACUUCCAGGUGCAGAUUCCCAAGAUUGAUGUCUAUCACUAUGAUAUUGAGAUCAAGCCUGAGAAACGACCACGAAGGGUUAACAGGGAGGUGGUGGAUACCAUGGUCCGGCAUUUCAAGAUGCAGAUUUUUGGUGACCGACAGCCUGGCUAUGAUGGGAAGAGGAACAUGUACACAGCACAUCCACUGCCAAUAGGGAGGGACAGGGUGGAUCUGGAGGUCACCCUACCUGGUGAGGGGAAAGAUCAGACGUUCAAGGUGUCCUUGCAGUGGGUUUCUGUGGUGAGUCUUCAGAUGCUGCUGGAAGCCCUGUCGGGUCACCUUAACGAGGUGCCAGAGGACUCCGUUCAGGCUCUGGAUGUCAUCACAAGGCAUCUGCCUUCCAUGAGGUACACUCCAGUGGGGCGAUCGUUUUUCUCUCCUCCGGAGGGUUACUACCAUCCUCUUGGUGGAGGCAGGGAGGUGUGGUUUGGUUUCCAUCAGUCUGUCCGUCCUGCCAUGUGGAACAUGAUGCUCAACAUCGAUGUCUCAGCUACUGCUUUCUACCGUGCUCAGCCUGUGAUCGAGUUCAUGUGCGAGGUGCUUGAUAUACAAAACAUCAAUGAACAGACCAAACCACUGACUGACUCACAACGUGUCAAGUUCACCAAGGAAAUAAGAGGUUUGAAAGUUGAGGUCACACACUGUGGUCAGAUGAAGAGGAAGUAUCGAGUUUGCAAUGUCACGCGCCGACCUGCCAGCCAUCAGACGUUCCCCUUACAGCUUGAGAACGGCCAGGCCAUGGAGUGCACAGUAGCUCAGUAUUUCAAGCAGAAGUACAAUCUACAGCUCAAGUAUCCACACUUACCCUGUUUGCAAGUAGGACAGGAACAGAAGCACACCUACCUUCCCCUAGAGGUCUGUAACAUAGUAGCAGGCCAGCGCUGUAUCAAGAAACUGACCGACAACCAGACAUCAACCAUGAUUAAAGCUACAGCUCGUUCAGCCCCCGACAGACAGGAAGAGAUCAGCAGAUUGGUCAAAAGUAACAGCAUGGUCGGGGGCCCCGACCCUUACCUGAAGGAAUUUGGCAUUGUUGUGCAUAAUGACAUGACAGAGGUGACAGGGCGUGUCCUCCCAGCGCCCAUGCUACAGUAUGGGGGCCGGAUUUCAGACAGUGCUUCAGCUGAUCCACUUUGUGCAGAGGAAGAGUCAAAUGACCCAUCAAACGACCCCUUUUAUGAUAAAAUGCAAGCAGCUGUGGCAGACUUACUAAAUGUAGAGAAUAAAACAGUGGCGACGCCCAAUCAGGGCGUGUGGGACAUGAGGGGCAAGCAGUUCUACGCUGGCAUAGAGAUCAAGGUCUGGGCUGUGGCCUGCUUCGCUCCACAAAAACAAUGUCGUGAGGACCUGCUCAAGAGCUUCACUGACCAGCUGCGAAAAAUUUCAAAGGAUGCUGGGAUGCCCAUUCAAGGCCAGCCUUGUUUCUGUAAAUAUGCCCAAGGAGCUGAUAGCGUGGAGCCCAUGUUUAAACACCUUAAGAUGUCUUACGUUGGUCUGCAGCUGAUUGUGGUAAUCCUUCCUGGCAAAACACCGGUCUACGCUGAGGUAAAGCGGGUGGGAGACACCCUCCUCGGUAUGGCCACCCAGUGCGUGCAAGUGAAGAACGUGGUGAAGACUUCCCCUCAGACCCUCUCCAACCUCUGCCUCAAGAUUAACGCCAAGCUAGGAGGCAUCAACAAUGUCUUGGUGCCUCAUCAGAGGCCCUCUGUGUUCCAGCAGCCUGUCAUCUUCCUGGGUGCUGAUGUCACACAUCCUCCAGCGGGUGACGGGAAAAAACCAUCCAUCGCAGCAGUGGUGGGAAGCAUGGAUGGCCACCCAAGCCGGUACUGCGCCACGGUGCGAGUCCAGACGUCUCGACAAGACAUGUCCCAGGAGCAGCUCUUCAGCCAGGAAGUUAUCCAAGACCUUACCAACAUGGUCAGAGAACUGCUAAUCCAGUUUUACAAGUCGACACGCUUCAAGCCCACACGCAUCAUCUAUUAUCGUGGUGGUGUAUCAGAGGGACAAAUGAAACAGGUAGCAUGGCCCGAGCUGAUAGCCAUCAGGAAGGCCUGCAUCAGUCUGGAGGAGGAUUACAGGCCUGGCAUUACCUACAUUGUGGUCCAGAAACGUCACCAUACUCGUCUCUUCUGCUCUGACAAAGCUGAGAGGGUUGGGAAGAGUGGUAACGUUCCAGCUGGCACCACAGUGGACAGCACCAUCACACACCCGUCCGAAUUUGAUUUCUACCUGUGCAGCCAUGCUGGGAUCCAGGGAACCAGUCGCCCCUCCCACUACCACGUCUUGUGGGAUGACAACUGUUUCACGGCCGAUGAACUGCAGCUCCUUACCUACCAGCUGUGUCACACCUAUGUUCGCUGCACACGCUCAGUUUCCAUCCCGGCCCCAGCCUACUAUGCCAGGUUGGUGGCUUUCCGAGCCCGCUACCACCUGGUGGACAAAGACCAUGACAGCGCCGAAGGCAGCCACGUCUCAGGCCAGAGUAAUGGCCGAGACCCCCAGGCAUUGGCAAAGGCAGUUCAAAUCCACUAUGAUACCCAGCACACCAUGUACUUUGCCUGAACUAGCCUGUCAGCCAGUCCACUUGUGGAUCUACCCCAUAUAUAUAUUUUUUUUCUUUUUAAAUCCAUCUGCCCCAUUCCCCGUUUUCCUUCUUCCCUCUCUCCUUGUAGUCUUUUCUUCAUACUCACUCUACAUUUUCUGAAUCUGCACCAAAGCGGCUCGUGGAGGGGGAUUCAUCUACAUCCCAACGUCCAGCAGGCUCUGUUUCAUGGAACAAUUUCCAACCAGCGUUCCCAAUCGAGCCGCCCUUUUAACCAGCAAUCCAGCACUGCGAACCCACAGGGGUUUACAAUGCACAAAAGAGAAAAACGCGAAAAAACAAAAACAAACCAUACACACAUCUACGAGUUGAGCCAUUAUUUUGCGUUUGUUUUUGUUUUUUCUAUUUGAAUGUCUGUACUCAUGUGUUUAUAAGAUACACUGAGCGAGAGAGUGGGCAGGCGCAAACUGUGCCCGCACAGCUCUUUAGCUCUCCCAGCUAAGCAGGACUCUUAUCUACUUUUACCUCAAAGCCCUUUUGGGCAAAAUCUGUCACAAGGUCUUGGGUUUAUCGGGUGGUGGGGAGGGAACUCUACAUGAACAGAGAUGGAGGGGGGUUGAUCUUUUGAGAAUGAUAUCUAU